CUGCGUGUCCUCCACAAGGAAGUUCAACUAUGAAUGCUGGGAUACAUUGUUGUUGCUUCUGCGAUAUGCUUGAUCGUAGUGUGUGACAAAGUUUUUACAUCUAAGAUGCAACGUUUUCUUCCUCUGUGUAAUGGCAGAGGAUGAGGUGGAACUAUGUGAAUCAGAAUUAUGCACCAUUGAAAGGUGCAAAAACAGGCUGCGUAAUUUAUUUGACGUAACAGUUUCAACCGCGUUUGUAACUCUACGGAACGAUGGCACUCCGUCUAAAGUACGGUUGUCGACUCCGCAGUCACAGGAAAACAUUGAAAAAGCGAAAAUCUACCUUCAGGCACAGAUUGGAACCGGAAGAGACAUUGUGCGUGAAAGCCGUCAUUUGCAGACGGAAGAGUUUGAAAUGGUUCGCAAAAACGUUGAUCAGAUUGAAUUGUUAACGCAGGCUGUCGUAUCACUUCUCCGAGAAUCACAGGAAGUCCGACUACAGGGUAAUGUUAGAAGUGUGAGAAUUGCCAGCGAUUUUAUUAACAUGCUCGUACAGAGUGUCGAAACAUUGUCGCCACCAGCAGCACAGUCCUACCAGCAUGUGUCAAAACCACGUGAUUGUCCAUAUGCAAAUGAUGAUGUCGGUCAGUCCUCCUCUAGCCAGUGCUCUAUUGAGAAUCCUCGUAAUUUAUCUUUAGAUGGUGAUCACAAUCAAAUAGACAUUCUGUUACCAAGAGACAAUGAGGUGACCACGGAAAACAGCAAGUCGGAUGGUAAAGAUCCUUGUGGUGUUGAUUCAGGCACAUGUCUUUUAGAAAGAGGUUGUUCACCAUCUUGUUCACCAUUGUCAGAUGACCAGCUUUUUAUCGGUGCAAAACCAUGUGAGUUUAAAGAUACCACAGACUCGGGCAAUUCGUCCAGGAGCUCUUCUCCUAACACAUCUGACCAAGAGUUGACUGUGGACGAAGUGCUGUCCAAUUCAGACUACACAUCUAGAGUAGAGCGAGCAGUAAAGCUCGGGUAUUCAUACCAACAGUUGGUGAUGGCGUUACGGAAACUGGGAAAAAAUGCAGAUGAAAACCAGCUGCUGUCCGAGAUGAUAAGAAUGGGAUCCACGGUUACAAGAUCCAGUGAUACAAGUCCAUUGGAUUUCCCAGGAGACACAGUGGACGAUGUGUGUCUAACUGACUUGAAGGCAGAUGUCAACUCUAGUGUGUACGUUGAUGAAUCUGACAAUCUUCGUGAAAUUGUGAUUGAUGGCAGCAAUGUUGCAAUGAGUCACGGUAAAGAUGUCUUUUCCUGUCGGGGAAUCAAGAUAGCAGUUGACUGGUUCCGACAACGAGGUCACAGAAAUAUUACUGUGUUCGUUCCACAGUGGAGAAAGGAGUCCUCCAGACCCGAUGCCCCAAUACAAGAUCAGGAAAUCCUGACACAGUUGGAACAAGAGCGCUGUCUGUCAUUCACCCCGGCUCGCAGGGUUGGUGGGCGCCGCGUUGUCUGCUACGAUGACCGCUACAUCCUCCAGCUGGCCUCCGAGGUUGACGGAAUUGUGGUGUCCAAUGACAAUUACAGAGAUCUUCUGAAUGAGAAACUCGAUUUCAAGAAAGUCAUUGAGGAGCGGCUGCUUAUGUAUUCAUUUGCUGGUGACAGAUUUAUGCCACCAGAAGAUCCUUUAGGCAGGCACGGUCCAUCUUUGAACAAUUUUCUGUGCAAAAAGCCAACUCAACCCGAGGUGCAGCCACCAGAGUGUCCAUAUGGCAAGAAAUGCACUUACGGAAAUAAGUGUCGCUUCUUCCAUCCAGAAAGACGCAAUAUGCCACACAAGUCAGUGACUGAGAAACUCCAAGAACAGGCUAAACAGAAGAUGGAGGAGAGAGCAUCUAAAAUCAAAGAAGCACAAAUGGACAAGAAACAGCUAAAGAGUGAUUCAGCAAAAAAGGUCCCUGUGAAGAAAACACCAUUAUCAAGAACACGGGCCAUAGUUCCACCAGACAUGACACUCAAAUUACACAGUGGUGGAGAAGUAGAUGAUGGCUGUGAUGAAGAAAAGAAACAGGAGAAGAAAGUGACUGAUGACUACAAUGAAAAACUUAACGAACACCGAAGGAAACUGGAGAAGGCCUUGGCACAGACUAGGAAAGAUUGUGAUGUCUCUUCUGAAGUGGGGCGUCCUGGUGACCAAUUAAUAAUGAGGAAUGUUCCAUCUCCAAAUGGGAUCAUCAGUCCCCCAUCAAAAUCUCAGAAUUGUUUUCCACAAGGAAUACCAACAAGUGGAUUUUCCUCACCAUCCAGUCAACUCAAAGUUCCAACAGGUACACGCAGUGAGGAACUUGUAAGCGGACACCUCUUGUUGGCCAAAAAGCUUUCUGAUGAAAGUGUAGACUCCAAAUUCUUCAGAGAAAGGGGGACACCAGAUCCAAAUGUGCAGUCAUCCCCAAUUUCAUUGCUGCAAAUGCAGGAAUCUGGUGUCAUAGAUCUGUCUCAAAAUCUAGACAGGCAGAUGUCUCUACAGAGCAAAAACCAAGGAUAUUUCCAGGGUAAUGUUACAAAUCAGGAUGAGGUCGACUCUAUGUUUGCAUCACAGCAACAGUACUAUUCAGGUCCUGGUGCAGUGCCACCACAGUUGAUGCAACAGGAUCCAAUGUCAUACAUUUCUGGGCCAGUGGAUCAAUGCCAAAGUUUUCCUCUCACAGGCCGUGAGAUGUUGGCCCACCAGGUCCAGAGACGGCAGUCGGCAUGCAUGGAACAUCACCCAGUUUUGACCCACGUACCGAGUGCUCCAGAUGGGCGACGGAUGUCACAGUCAUCCAGUAAACGCCUCAUGGCGCCCAUAGAACGUCAGAACAGUUCGUCUGAUCCACAGAUACACUUGACGGGCCACGAUCUCGACUACGUGAGGCACACAAAUACAGGACUGUCACCAUACCAGACAUUUGAGAGGAAGACCUAUUCUCAACCCACUAUACGGAAUCAUUUGUCGAGAUCCACGUCAAUGCAGCCUCAGAGUGUUGGGAAUAUUGGGACCAUAGGACGACAGACAAGUGAAAUCUACUACCCUCGGCAGCAGGUUCAGUGUGAUUACGAGCUGAUGUCACCCGAAGUAGCAUCCAAUAAUCAGGCAUUUGGCACUGAAGGACUUUACCACAGUCCGGCUAACUGGAAAGAAGCCUACAGCCCAAGUAGUUCACGUCAUCACCAAAGACUAGCACAUCAGCAGCAACAACAGCAGUUACAGCAGCAGCAGCAGCAGUUGCAGAUGCAGCAGCAGCAGUUGCAGAUGCAGCAACAAGAGAGGUUCUUGCAACAACAGACUCUGGCAUCACAUUUGCAGAACCAGUCCUUACUGUCAACUCUACCACAGGCACAUUCAUACCAGCAUAUACGAUCACAACAGCAGUUGUCAGCAGAACAGCAGUCACCACACUAUCAUCAUCAACAACAACAACAACAACAUGUACUGUCACCACAUCAACAGCCACACAUGUCUCCUCUAUUUCAGCCGAAUGUUCUGUCAAUGCAGUCACAGCAACAAGAGUUUUCCCCUCCACGACACCAGCAACAGGUGACGUCACCCCGGACUGUCGUGUCACCAUUACCGAUGCUCUCACCCGAGUCUCCAUCACAGCAACAGAUGCCGGCAAACCAGUCGCUUGCCCCUGAUGCCGCAAUUCAGCCCACUGAUCCGCGUUACAGCAUGUACUACAACCUAUGUGGGCUGUUUCCGGAACACAAGGUCCGUCAGGUGAUGAAUGAACACCCCCAGGAGAUGGACCCUCAAGAAAUCUGUGCCUAUAUAAUUGGCGCUAAGUAAUGUGGUGGCAGUAUUUUUUUGUUGCACCAGAACACAUUCAAGUCAUUCACAACCUCACAGCUGUGGAUAUAUCAGUAUGGAAUUUAAUGCAUUCCAAAACUUUACUUUUGUCACAUCUUCUUAAGAUUGUUAGACCAACUGAUGUGUCAGUUUUAUAUAACUCUUAAUAGGUAUCAUCACAAUUUGUGUAAAUCAAUAUAUAUUGUGUAUAUUAUGAAUCUUUUUAGGUGGUGGCCAUCUUUUAAGACAGUUUAGUUUUCUUUGAUCUGAUCCAUUUCAUCAGUAUGUCAAUAUAUAGAGAAUUUUUUUGUUUUAAAUUUGGAGGGGGUUAAUACUUUUUUAAAAUUGAAAUUGAAAGAAAAGUUGGGUUUUAAAAAAACCCAACUUUUGUUUGAAAUAGAGAAUAAGUGCAUUUGACUGCACACUUCACAGGUUACAGAAACCUAUAUUGGUUUAAAUUUUGGUCUGGUAUUUUUUUCUAUUUGUAUGUACAUUCGGACGUUUGGAUAUAUAGUGUAGCAUUUUUGAUAUAUAUAUGCCAUGUUUUCACUGUGUUAUUGUACAUGUGUAUAGCCGUCUUGAAGGAUAUUUCUGGCGCAAGUCGACAAAUGUGUACCCAGCAGACAUCAAGGUCUGUCAGACUGCAUGUCACCUGUACGGUGAUUACAUAAGUACCUCGAUUUGAGGCUUUUUUCAUUUUCAAUUUGAUAAUUAGCUCAAUGGACACAGCAUAUUAGAAAACAAAACGUUUUAGCAGUAGUUUUAAGAUCGAUGUAGGAAAUCUUUUUUGACAGUAGAUUUAAAAGAGAAAGUUGAUUUUGACAACAUAAUAUUUCCACAAAAGAAUUAUUUUUCAGUCAGCCUAAUAUAGAAAGUUGGGUUUUUGGAGGGUUUACAGCAAGUUUAAUAUUAAAAAAUAGGGGUGUUGGGGGGGGGCUGUAGUACUAGAGCACUAGAAAUACUUGUAGCAAAUAUUAAAUCUCCAGACAUUUUUCCAGUAUUACAUAUUUUAGCACCACUGUUGCUCUUGUUUUUACAAAAACACUUUGGCUUACAGUAACUCCUUACUUUCAAGACCCUACAAAUCUUUUUCAUGAUCUUUUUCCACAUUGUUGUGGCUACUAAAGGUAAGCUUUAUAUGCAGAGGUUUUGAAACCGUGUCUGACUUGAUAUUUUGUUCUGAAUAAUUUGAACCAAUAGUCCUUAAAUUUGUUUACUCUCCAUGUUUUUAAAGUAAGCAUUUCGACAUUCAACAAAAUAUAACGUAUACACAUUAGACAAAUGUAAAAUAUUUCUGAGCACAUAUUACCUGUACAACACAUACUACAGGUGCGUACUGUGUUAGAAGGCUGUUGGUAAUUUUAUGGCAUUAGGGUCAUGACAAAUACAUAACUUCCACAUGUUGGGAAUGUUUUCUUGCACAUACCAGCCCAUCUUUUGACAUUGCCAUGUUUGAUGCCAAAUGACUGAGAGAGCAGUUGGUAUGCUUCGAGCAGGCAUCAGUAUUGAUGACAUUGCCAAGUGUUUCGGUGUUACAAGACCGAUUGUAUAAAUACUUGUCAUUAUGCCAAACAUCACUGGAUCCACCAAUGAUGAUCCUCCUUGUGAUAAGUCACGAGUUACGCCAGCUGUACAGGAUCAGUAUAUCUGAACCACAACUGUACGAAACUGGUUUUAACUAGCCACCAUUAUUGCCCAUCAGUUACACAUCACUACCCAGUUUCUAAAAAACUUGACUGAGGCAACCAAUUCAGGUUACAGCUCUAUAGUCAACACUAACCCUAACCCUAGGUUCAGUAGUCUGCCGGUUUAUAGACCUAACCCAGGACUAUUGAACCUUCGGACCAUUGAACCUUCGGACUGUAGAGCGGUCCCCACCAAUUCUUAACACAACUGAGGACUGAUUUUGGUUUUAGAGGAUAGUGAUGUUGAUUAUCAUUAUGAGGACAGCAUAUAGUCCUGUAUUGUGACAUUUAAUUACACAAACCAUUUAUCUUUUCCCGAAAUACCAUCCAUGGUCAAGUUGAUGAAACAAACAAGAAUACCAUCAAACAUAUACUUUCUGGGGUUUUUUGUUGAGUAUUUAUACUGUAGAUGCAUGUCACCAGCACAAGCAGAUGGUUGAGGUGCUGCUUCAGUUUCCUUGCCAUGUCCAUUGAGCUCAAGUGCUGUUGGCACAAGACAAUUUUGUACAUUGGAGGAGGAAUGUUAACAACUGGGGACAGCCAUGAUAAAUAUGUUUUUAUUAGGCCAGUUCCAAGUUGCAGUUAUUAACUUUUCUUGUAUAUAAUUAUAUGCAUGGCGAUUACAAGGAUUGAUUUUGUUCACAUAUUGAACAAUGUACAGGUGUAUAUAAUUUUUGUUAUGUGAUUUGUAGCUUUGUUGAAUCUGUUGUGAUUUUUUCAUUGGUGUUGCAAGUAGAUUAAAUAUUUGUAUCGCAUUUACCUGUAGUCUAUAGAUACAUUCAACCAAAGUGAUGAAUGGUUCAAAGUAGAGUAUUUUAUCAUAAUAGUGAAAUGGUCCAUGUAUACUUGACAAUUAUAGAAUGAUUCAAAGCUUAUGUUUCAUCAAUUAAAUAAGAAUAAGACCAUAAUCAUUUAAUGUUUCAUGUCAUACACUUUUUAAACUCUGAGAUAUUGGUGAAAAUAACAAAAACAUUCCUUCAUUUAGUAUCAAUAGUUACGAUAUAUAGAAAACCAGAAUAUACAGAGUUGAAAAAAUUAGCAGUGCAAAUUUAAUCAAUGGAGAAGUGGAUGAUUUAGUAUUUUUUUCUUUUAACUUAUACAUAUAUGGAACUGCAAGCUUAAUAUGUAUUUUAUUCCUUUCUGAUCCAAAGUACACACAUUUGUAACCUGUGAUAACUGUGUGCUUCGCUAAAUACCAACAUUGUGUUGAUGUAGUGCUAUUUCUUAGUUGGUUUAAAUAAAGUGUAUUCAUUA